CUUAAAAUUAUUUAAGUAUCCUUACGACGGGAGAGGCUAAGUGGUUAAUUGCGGUGGUUUUCUGUUUAUCUACUUCACCCACCUCUCCUUCCCUCUUCUUUACUUCCCUCUCCUUCCUUCCCUGCUGCAAGUAAGAGACUCUGCUUCCUUCUCACCAAUUAAAUGCUCAUCUGUCUCUGCCGAACCUAACUUUUGUGUUGUUUACUCCUGGAUACCACUCCUUCUUCCAUCCAAAUCAAUGUCCAGAUCCAUCCACCCAAACCAAACUAAACCAAACCCCCAAAUUUUGCUGUUUUUCACUAUAUUUAUCUCCUUCAACCAAUACCCAUUUCUUCAGAUCGUUACGUUCUGACUAAAAUUCGAAGAAGUAAACUCUCCCUGCAUUCAUGGGAUCCUGUUUAAUCCAUACCCUUACGGGUCAGCCUUACUGGGUUCUGGUUUUGUUCACAGUGGGUUCUUUGUCGUUGUUGAAGUUCUCUCUUGCUUUCCUGAUAUGGGUCUGGGUCAAUUUGCUCAGACCCGCCAAGGAUCUGAAGAAAUACGGGUCGUGGGCACUGGUAACCGGGCCUACUGAUGGUAUCGGCAAGGCUUUUGCUUUUCAGUUGGCGAGGAAAGGGCUUAAUCUUGUCUUGGUGGGUCGUAACCGGGAGAAGCUCAAAGAUGUUUCUGAUUCGAUCCUGGCUAAGUAUGGGAAGGUUCAGAUCAAGACUGUGGUUGUUGACUUCAGUGGGGAUCUUGAUGAGGGUGUGAAGAGGAUAAAGGAAGCCAUUGAGGGGUUGGAUGUUGGUGUUUUGAUUAAUAAUGUUGGGGUUUCGUAUCCGUAUGCAAGGUUUUUCCAUGAGGUGGAUGAGGAGCUGCUGAAGAACCUGAUUAAGGUGAAUGUGGAGGGUACUAGCAAGGUUACUCAGGCUGUUUUGCCUGGAAUGUUGAAGAGGAAGAAGGGUGCAAUUGUGAAUAUCGGCUCUGGUGCUGCAAUUGUUAUUCCCUCUGAUCCUCUUUAUGCUGUUUAUGCUGCCACCAAAGCGUAUAUUGAUCAAUUCUCAAGAUGCCUCUAUGUUGAAUACAAGAAAAGUGGGAUUGACGUUCAGUGUCAGGUUCCAUUAUAUGUAGCAACCAAGAUGGCAUCAAUCAGGCGAUCCUCCUUCUUUGUUCCGUCAAGUGAUUGCUAUGCCAAGGCAGCUAUGCGCUGGAUAGGUUAUGAACCUCGUUGCACCCCCUACUGGCCCCAUUCUCUUCUCUGGGCGUUGGCAUCCUUAUUACCAGAGAGUGCAAUUGAUGCUUGGCGCCUGCCCUUCUGUCUUAAAAUCCGAAAGAGAGGACUACUUAAAGACUCCAGGAAGACGGAAUAGAGGGUGCUAGGUCCAGUUUGUUCAUGCUAUCUGUUAGUGGAGGUUGGCUUGAAUGAGCUCCAUGCUUAUUUCAACUUCAGAAUUGUACUAGACUAGUUUCCAUUUAUCUCCCCAUAAUUUUACUGUUAAAUUUCAUUUUUCUUUUGAUAUUUUCUCUGAUAAUGUUAUUGGUGUUUUAUUUUUCUCCUAGUCUUGGCAUCCAAACUCAGUGUCGGGAUAAGGAAGAAAGAACUACCUGGAGUAAUAAAUGUUUUUGUUUAUG